CCAUCAAUACGUUCAAUAAAGCCCAAAUUCUUUUUGGAAUUACGAAAAAGUUUUUCCAUUAGCACUAUUAGAACUUCACCAUAUGAUGAUACUAUUAAAAACAUGAAACUUACAAAAAACACUAGAGUUGUUUGUCAAGGUUUUACUGGAAAACAAGGAACGUUUCAUUCACAACAAGCAAUUGAUUAUGGAACUAAUUUAGUUGGCGGAGUAGCACCAAAAAAAGGUGGUCAAAAACAUUUGGGAAGACCUGUAUUUAAUACCAUAGCCGAGGCAGUUAGUGAAGUUAAACCAGAUGCUUCUGUGAUUUAUGUACCCCCACCUUCAGCUGCAAAUGCUAUUAUAGAUGCCAUCAAGGCAGAAGUUCCUUUGGUGGUAGCAAUUACGGAAGGAAUUCCACAGCAAGAUAUGGUUCGAGUUGUUAAAGCUUUAAAAAACCAAAAUAAAACACGUCUUAUUGGUCCUAAUUGUCCUGGAAUCAUAGUGCCAGAUGCUUGUAAAAUUGGUAUUAUGCCCGGACAUAUCCACAAAAAAGGAAAAUCUGUUGCCGAUUAUGUAGGAAUAAUAAUAAGGCCAAAACUUCAAGGGCCAAAUGAACCAUUUAGAGGCUUAGUAAUUAAAAGAAAGAAAACGUGGUUUAAAUGA